AUGAGACCGGCGGUACGCGAAAAGGUGGAGAUCUUCAGAAAAGCGGGGGUACGCGCUGGCAGGGAAGUAGUCGAUGCAUUGCACAGCAAUGUCACGGAAUGGGUUGUGAUCGGAGUCCAAGGACGGUAUGAGCAGACGGAACAAGCACCUUGUCGCCGUCAUACGCUCCCACUUGAAGUUGGUGACCUCAGACAGUGCACAAGGAUGUUCGUAUCACCGCCGUUGCACUUCGUCCGCAAUACCGCUCAACAGAAUUUCCUUCAACCAGGUUUUGACACCGAGACCCUACUCGCGUGUUCCUUGAUCACCGGCGAUCUACUCUCCCGCACGAUGACAUGGGGGUCGAACAAGAAUUUCGUAAACAGGUUCAGCAGCGCCCCUGCGUGCUUGGGCUCAUUGAUGAAGUGGCGGAGCGCGGCUCUGGCAACUUCACUGGUCCGAGAAUCAGCGUGGAUAGUUCCCGAGGGCAGCGGGGCUAGGUUUGGGAGCAGGUCUGCAGAGGGCUGGUCUAUGGGGGGAGCUGGCUGGGAUGGGAUUCCAGUGCGCAGGAGACCAGGGGUCAUCAAAGGUAGACAUCUUCCCGACGAACGUGAAGGCAGUGACGGGGACAUAAAAUUGGAUGAUGUCGGAUACGAUUGCUUAGAUGAGUAG